AAUUUUUUUUUUUUCAGGUUUUCCCCCCGUUUGUGUGUGUUUUUUGAAUGAGCAGCAGUAGCUCCACGACGCAUCAAGUGGCUGCGUCCGUCACUCCAGGAGGCCAGCGAUUCCCAACGGCCGCUGCAGCCGCCGCCGCUGCAACGUCCAACGCACACGCCCAAGUGCUCGCUGCUGCCAACGCGGCGGGGAGCGUGCUGCCGGGCUCGUCCAACAGCUCGGGCAUCCAUUUGCCGCCGACAUCCGCUGGCGUCGCUCCGGCCUCGGCUGGAUCCGCUGCUGUGCAGAGUGGCGCUGGUACGCCGCCAUUGCUCCAACAACAGCAGCAACAGCACCACCAGCAGCAGCCAAUCUUCCCAGGCGCCGCGGGCGGUCAUGUUGGCACGCUGCGUCGCCAGGCAACCACCGUCAAUGUGACGCGGAGUGACGCCGAUCUGCGCUCGUCCCAUCUUGGCCGCCACCACUUGUUCUUGAUGGACGGGCAGGUCUCGCACUUGCUCCAGGGCGAGCAGUCGCACGCAGACGUCUUCCAGUCGCUCUUCUUGCCGCUGCGCAUGCAGGUCACAUCCGAGAUUUUUGUCGAUUUUCGCCAAGCGUUCGUGACUGGCUGGUUUUGCUUCUCAAAGCUGCCCUCACAGCAUCCGCUGCACCGCACUCCAUUCUUUUUCAACGAGGAGACUCGCCGUCUGCUCGAGGAGAUCAUCCACGCCAUCUUCCGACUUUGCACGGAAACGUUCAUUGCGACCACCGCCAACUACCUCUUCUCGGGCGUUCGUGGCGUCGGCAAGACCGAGUUUCUCUCCCGCAUUCACGAUCUCUGCGUCCUGCUCUGCGGCGACAAGGUGACCACCGUGUUUUUGAACUUUGACCAGUACGCGCAAAUGCUGCCGUCUGCUGCCAUUGCUGGUCCAGACCUUGCCGACACGCCCAUCAACACGCUGCUGAUGGAUCACGCCACGUCUGCCAAGCCUGUUGUGUUUUUUGGCGACGAACUCCAAGCCCUGUACGCCUCUGACUGCCACAGCUCGGAUCCGCGCGUGCUGGCCGUUCGCGAAAUCGUGGCGAUCGGAACGUCAGAGCGCGCCAUGUGCCUGUUGAGCGGCUCGUCGUCGGAAGUCGCAUCGGUCGCGUUCAAGCAGUUCUUGUCGGACAGCGAAACAGUGAAGGGCCAUCAAUACCGCCACUACCCGCCCUUGCACGAGACAAUCUUCCACCAUGUUCGUCUCGAGCCUCUGCGCCAGAGGAAAGCCUUCCAGGCCUUUCUGUACGACUGCUGCCUGUCAGACCAGCAACUCGUCGAGCUCCAGCAGCGCCUGGGCAAGCCAAACAGUGACGUCAACUCGUUCUGGGGCCGUCUGUUUGCCAAGACGGGUGGUCUCUAUCGCUUAAUCCGCCAGGCCAUGACCGAGCCCAACGCGUUCGAUGUGCCAACUCUGCCCGUGGCCGCAUCGAGCGCAUCCUCCAGCGCACCGACCACCCCUGGCACUUCCCAGGAGGCACUUGGAACGCCACCCACGGCGUCACACGCUUCUGGCACGUUCCGAUCGAGUUCGACAAGCGUGUUUACCGCCUUCUGCCCGUCGUACGUGGUUUCGGCGCUGCGCGACAUUUCCAAACAACUGAGUCUGCAGGAGAUCCUGGCCGAGCUGUGCCUAAUGAAUCGCGACAUUGCUCCGAGCGCACUUCCCAACCGCACCCCGGCUGCCACCUCCGCUGCGACUGGUGCUAGCGCGCCUCCUGCCGGUGCCGCCGCCGCCGCCGCCGCCACCACCACCACAACCACCACUACUGCUGCUGCUGCGUCAAGCUCAUCAUCAGCCAGCUCUUCUUCGGCCGCCGCUAGUGCUGCUGCUGCUCAAACUGUCGUCUACGCCCGCGAUCCCUUUGCAAUGCGUGGCGUGGCAGCGUCCGCAGCCCACCUCAUGAUCAAGCGCCACAUGCAGCACCAGCAGUACCUGCAGUUCCAGUCCUCCGUGUCCCCGUUGAGUGCAUCACACUCUGCCGCGCUGCAACACAACUCUGCCCACAACCAGCAGUCUGUUCCGCAUUUCGUGACUGGACACCCCGGUGCAGGAUGGGGCGCGUUUUCGAUUGGCCCCCAGAUGGGUGCGUCGUCGGUCGUCUCUGGCGAUGGCAACCAAGCCGGCGGGGAUGGCUCGAAAGGUCAGCGAACCAACCAACACCACGGUGGCAACCUGCCGCUGGGCGUCUUCCCGACCACCGCUGGAGGCAUCCUCACAACCGAGCUGUCCUACGGCUCUGGCUCAUCGCUGACCCCCGGUUUGACGCCGUCCAUCAUUCACGACUGGAUUGACUCGGGCUUUUUGUUUGAGCGCGAAGAAGACAUGCAGACCAUUUACGAACUCCACUACCCGGGUCUCUUUGAGCGGCUGAUGGCGAUUGUGCCGUCGCUUGGAGCAACCUUGCCCGAGCUUUGGGGUCUGCGUCUCCUGUUUGCCACGGGCGUGCACCACGCGGCUUACGCGCUGUGCCCAUCGCUCAACCGCAUGGGAAUGGAGUAUCUGUUCAAACUGCUCCUGCGCGCGUCGAAUUCCGGCCUCAUUCCCUUCCCUGUGGCCAAGUACCGCUCCCGUCGCCUUUGCACUGCACGCACCGUGCUCAAGUCCGACCUGAAGAGCUCGGAGAUGGUCGUUCUCGAGCAGCCCCCUUCUCGCUACACCAAGUCCAUUGAAGAGAUUGACGGAGAGCUGCUCUCCUGCACGCAUGCCGCAGGCGUCUCUGGCUUUGUGAUCAACCUUCACACGGGCAAGAAUGCCGCAGGGGGCGCCGACCCGGCCGUCGCAGCAGCACUGUCGAGCAGCUUCUUGCCCGCUUCCGUGCAUUUGCUGCGAGUGCUGCCCGGCUCGUUCACGGGCUUUAUCGAGGUCAAAGAGGCGCUCGCCGUGGCCAGCGAAGUCGAGGCCGAGGCGCGCGCUCUCCACUCCCACAUCCGCUCCCGUAUCACCAAGCCAAAGCCUGCGCUCGGCUUUAUUAACUUGGUCAUUCUGUCGGCGCGGAAAUUCACCGACGAGGCUGUGGUCGCCAUGCAACGCGUCUUUGCAUCCUCGGACUUUUUCGAGGACACGUUCACUGUCGAAAUUGUCGAUAGCGAAGCCUUCCAGCAGCUGCUGCCCGAAGCCUUGUGGAAUGCCCUGCGGGGUUGAUUGAUUGAACUCGGUGUGUUUUUGCUUUUUUGUUUGGUUUGGGAGUUGUUGUUUUGCGGUCGUUCGUUUGUAUAUUCGACGACAGUGUUGUUUUGUUAUUUUUUUUUUCUUGCUGCAGCUCCCGCCGUCAAAUAAAAACUACAGUACCC